CCGUCCAGGGUGUAUCCUGCCUCGAUGCCCGAUUUCUUUUUUUUUUCUUUUCUUUUUUCUUUUACCCUCGAUGAGAUCAUUUCUUUAUGUUAUGAUAUUUAAUUAGAUUUUAAUUCGAUCCGAUGUAAAUUAGAAGCAGCAGGAUGCCACUUUUUUUUCCCGGACGAUCGGACGAUCUCGAUACCUGUCGGAUUCAUACGACUAAUCGUUAAAAUCUUAUUUUUAAACCUCUUUAAAAAAUUAAUUUUGCAAUUAGAAUAAAGUAGAAAUAGAAAUCAAGCAAAGAUCGGAAUCUCUUUUCAUGCCAACAUUUCCGAAGCUGCGUUCCUCUUCCAGAUCCAAUUCUAAUCAUGAUCUGAUACCUGAUCUGUUUUGUCAGAUAUCCGAUUCAUCAUAUAUUUAAUAAAAAAUAAAUAAAAAUACAGAUUCUAGUCUCACGUCAGCGAUCAUUUCUAGUCGGGGGGGGCAUCAGUAAUAUUGUCACGUAUUACUUAAUGCUAUUAAAAAAAAUGUCGAUUGAAAAGAGAAGUGUUCGGUUUGUUUAAAGAAGGGAAUAGAGGAAGGGUGCCAAUACUUCUGCAGCCGACGGUAUAGAGACAUUGAGGAGUUCAGGUAGGAAAAGCAAGAUGAGCAGCAUGUUUUGCUAGAGAAGGAAGGGGUGUGUGUGUGUGCGUGUGUGUGUGCGUGUGUGUGUGUGUGUGUGUGUGUGUGUGUGUAUGUGUGUGUGUGUUAGAGAUUCUGGUAAUUUUCCCCUUCUGUCGAGCGCGACGGGGUCUGGAGGGGAAGCAGGUUGUGUUGUGGUGCUUUCACCUGCUGGGCUGUUGGACGACACACCGAACACAUUUCCCCUUCACGUCCUCCUUCUCUGGAACAUGCACGGAACUAUGCUGAGGAUCGCUAGGAACGAAGGCUUACAGAGCAUCACUCGGUCACACACACACACACACACACACACACACACACACACAGACACACACCUGAUGGCGAGUUGGAGUUGGCUUUAGUGCCAGCAAUGGUAUAAUUGAAACAGCUGACAGGGGAGAUGCCUACUCCUGAGCCGGGGCCUGUAGCAGAGGAGGAGGAGGUGCAGAGCUGUGAGGAAGGAACCAGCGCCAGCAAGAUGGAGAUGGAAAGCACCACCACCAACAUCCUGGCCUCCGUCAAAGAGCAGGCUUUGUCACAGAGAGCAGUGAGCUGAAUGGUGGAGACUUGUUGUGACAGGCAGCUCACAGCACAAACAGAUCAGCGAGCUCCAGUUUGAACGUCUGACCAGAGAGCUUGAGGUGGAGAGGCAGAUCGUGGCCAAUCAGCUGGAGCGAUGCAGGUUGGGGGCGGAGUCUCCAGGUGCAGCCAGUGACAGUUCCUCUGAGAAGUCUCUGCUGUGGAGGUCAGCAGACUCCUCUGCAGCAGGUCUGUCGAUGCUUCACCCCUCUGACGACUGUCCUUCACCUACCUUCGGGAUCAGAGGUCAAAGGUCACCGUAUUCACCCGAACUGGAGCAAAUCUCCUUGCAUGAAAGGUCGGCGGCAAACUCACGCAGCUCAACCCAGAUGAACUCCUAUUCUGACAGUGGCUAUCAGGAAGUGAGUGGUUACUAUAGCAACUUAGUGACCCCCAGGAGGUCAGAGGGACGGUCCCAGUCAACAAGCUCCGCCCCUAGUUUCAGUCCAAGCCUGGCCAUGGGGUCCAGGGCGGAGGGACAAGCGCUAACGCAGAUGUCAGGUGGCCGUGUAAUGAGGCGUGUCAGUUCAGUGCCCUCCCGUGCCUCUUCACCAGUCUACGCCCCCUCCACGCCCCCCUCUCGCCCUACCUUGGGAAGCCCCUAUGGUUCGCCCAUCAUCUCUGAGCCCCGCCCACUGGCCAGCGUCUUUCCUGGCACCACGCUCCCUCCUUCCUCCGACCCUCUCCAGUCCGCUUAUCCCGGGCACCACAGGGACGGCGUGAGCUCACCGACUCUGCUGCGCUCUGGUAUGGCGGCGCAGCCGCAGCACUACGGGACGCUGGGAAAACAUGAUGCACAGGCUUACGACAGCACGCACUCCUCCUUCGGGGAACGGGCAUAUGAUUUCUUCGAGAGGAUCGUUCUAUCCAGGCCAGAUAGUCUUACAGGCCUACAGAGCUCCUAUAGCCAACACAGCCAGCUGGAUCAGGAAACCCGAUCUCCGGAUCACCCCGGAGCGUCCGCCUACGACGACAGAACCUUCCAGAACCCGCUGUACCAGAGCCCGACCCACGGCUCUCAGAGCGGCCUGUCCAGGAACACAGGGUUAGGGACACUACCGAGAACCACCAGUCAGUGUAGUACCCUGCGCUACCAGAGGGGGGCAUACUCCAUACCCUCACACACUGACACCUAUCACUCCAGCCUUUACCGAUCAGCCGAGUCCAACUACAGCAGGCACGCAGUCAGCGUCAACAAUAACAUCAGCGCCACGCGAUCGCCGUCGAUUGACAGCAUUCACAAAGAUCCUCGGGAGUUUGCAUGGAGAGAUCCAGAGCUGCCGGAGGUCAUCCGCAUGCUGCAGCAUCACUUCCCCUCAGUGCAAGCCAAUGCUGCAGCCUACAUUCAGCACCUGUGUUACGGAGACAACCGCAUUAAGGCUGAGGUGUGUCGGCUUGGAGGGAUCCAGCAUCUGGUUGAUCUUCUGGAUCACAAAGUUCUGGAGGUGCAGCGCAGUGCGUGUGGCGCUCUCAGGAACCUGGUGUUCGGCAAAGCUACCGACGACAACAAAGUGUGUGUAAGGAACGCCGGAGGAAUCCCGGCUCUGCUCCGCCUGCUGAGGAAAACCUCGGAAUCAGACGUACGUGAGCUGGUGACCGGCGUGUUGUGGAACUUAUCGUCGUGCGACGCCGUGAAGAUGACGAUCGUGCGCGACGCUCUCGGCCCUCUCACCAACACGGUCAUCAUCCCUCACUCCGGGUGGGGCGCCGCCCCUCAGAGAGAGGACCAAAAGCUCAAGCUGCACUCCUCCGUGGUGCUGAGGAACACCACCGGAUGCCUUAGAAACCUGAGCUCAGCCGGUGAAGAGGCACGCAGGCAGAUGCGCUGCUGCAAGGGUCUGAUUGAUUCCCUGCUGUACAUCAUCAAAACGUGCGUCAACACCUCCGACUUCGACAGCAAGAUUGUUGAGAACUGCGUGUGCACGCUGAGGAACCUGUCCUAUCGGCUCGAGCUAGAGAUGCCGCCGUCCCGGCUUAUGGGCACGCAGGAACUGGACAUGCUCCUGGGCAACGAUCCGGCCAGCAAGCAAAUGGACUUCAUCUGCUGGGGUUUAAGGAAGAAGAAGAAGAAGAGGUCCUGGCAGGAUCAGCAGUGGGACGGCGUCGGACCGAUCCCAGGAUUCUCCGGGAGUCCGAAGGGGGCGGAGAUGCUUUGGCACCCUUCGGUCGUGAAGCCGUACCUCACCCUGCUGGCCGAGAGCUCGAACCCUGCCACGCUGGAGGGGGCAGCUGGGUCUUUACAAAAUCUCUCAGCUGGGACCUGGAGGUUUGCAGCUUAUAUCCGAGCGGCGGUGCGUAAGGAGAAGGGUUUGCCCAUCCUGGUUGAGCUGCUGAGGAUGGAUAACGACAGGGUGGUGUGUUCGGUAGCGACGGCGCUGCGAAACAUGGCUCUGGACGCCAGGAACAAAGAGCUGAUUGGUAAGUACGCCAUGCCGGAUCUGGUGACUCGACUCCCGGGUCACGGACCCUCGCUGCUGUCGGACGAGACGGUGGCGGCCGUGUGCUGUGCUCUUCACGAGGUCACCAGCAGAAACAUGGAGAACGCUCGUGCACUCGCUCAGGUGGGAGGCAUCGACAAGCUCGUCAGCAUCAGCCGAGGACGAGGGGAGAGAUAUUCCAUGAAGGUGGUGAAAGCUGCAGCGCAGGUUCUGAACACGUUGUGGCAGUACAGAGAUCUGCGCAACAUCUACAAAAGGGACGGAUGGAACCAGAACCAUUUCAUCACCCCGGUGUCCACACUGGAGCGAGACCGGUACCGAUCACAGCCCACGCUUCCUACCAGCAACUUACAGAUGUCACCUGUCAUCCAAUCAGGUGGUAGCGCCACGUCCUCCCCAGCCAUGCUGGGAAUCCGAGAGCAUCGCCUGAGUAAGAGGAGGGCGCAGUCUUCUAUGCAACUUCAUAACUAUUAUGGAGACGCCAACAGAAACAAAACUUUGUUCACAGGGUCAGGAAAGCAUUCUGCCUAUUUCAUAAGCUCCUAUCCUUCACCUUCCCAUGAGGACCCCCAGAGGUCACAGCUCGGCCAGCUGUACUACUCGGACGAGCCGACACAGAGGCCCUACGAUGCUUACGGAAUUUAUUUGGGGUCUCCGAUGGGUUACGACGACCCGUAUCUGGACGAGCCGCUUCCCUACCCUGUGGUGAGCGAGAGGCAGGCGCUGAAGCGCAACACCAACUACGUGGACUUUUACUCCACCACACGCAGGCCUUCCUACCGUGCUCAGACCUACCCUGCUUCUCCAGACUCAUGGGUGUAGGCACAAGUGUGUGUGUGUGUGUGUGUGUGUGUGUGUGUGUGUGUGUGUGUGUGAGAUGUUACAUCUAUCUUGUGAGAAGUUUUGGAUGCAGAAUUUAUCACUAUAAGGUUGUAUGGCUAAAGUGAUGUGGAAGUGACAGGUUCAUUUUCAUCUAAGGGACUGUGUGUGUGUGUGUGAGCGUGUGUGAGCGUGUGUUUGUGUGUGAGCGUGUGUGUGUGUGUGAGCUUGUGUGUGUGUGUUUGUGUGUGUGAGCAUGUGUGUGUGUGUGUGUGUGAGCUUG